AGUCUUGUCUGUGUAGGAGAAAGAAACAACAUGGCCGAGGAGGAGGGAAGCGAAGUAACUAACGGAGGAAUUUUUCAGGAGAUCUUCACUUCUCCGCUGAACCUCACGCUGCUCAGCCUCUGUUUGUUCCUGCUCUACAAAAUCUUCCGCGGGGACAAGCCGCCGGAUCUCGGCGAGGUGGAAAAACCUCUUCCUAAAUUGAAAAAGAGAGAUUUUACCUUGGCAGAGUUGAAGCCCUACGAUGGAUUGCAGGACUCGCGGAUUCUCAUGGCUGUCAACGGAAAAGUGUUCGACGUGACCAGGGGCAGGAAGUUCUACGGUCCAGAGGGACCGUACGGAGUGUUCGCAGGCAGAGACGCGUCCCGGGGUCUGGCGACCUUCUGCCUGGAGAAAGAUGCUCUGAAAGACGAAUACGACGACCUGUCGGACCUCAACGCCAUGCAUCAGGAGAGCCUGACGGAGUGGGAGACUCAGUUCACCAUGAAGUACGACUACAUCGGCAAGCUUCUGAAGCCGGGAGAGGAGCCGACGGAAUACACCGACGACGACGAGGGGAAAGACAAGAAGACGGACUAGAGCGUGGAACGUGACGAGGAGGGGAAACACAAAAGAUGCCUUGAUGUUCGUUCCUUCAGCCUCCUCGCAGAAAACCUUCUUACAUUCUUGUAAUUUUGGACCAAUGCUGCGUUUUACAUCAACUGUAUCUUUGUUUGUCUCUCCUGAGGGUCGUUAGCAGCUAAAUGUGACGUUUAGUCUAGAAAUAUUAUUGUAGGUGUUUUAUCAAACUGAUCCCGUCGUGUGAUUACACAGGGUUUGUGUUUCAGACGUGCUAACAGCUAACGGCUAAUGUGUCGGAGACAAAUCUGUAGAUUUAUUCAAGCCCUGAGAAACUUUUAGCUGGAUGUGCAGCUACAACGGUCUGAAGCAGAAAGACCCAGUGAAAUAAAACGUUCUUUAACAGGAAAGAAAUAAAACUAUAAAAGCCGUUGUUAGUCGUCAUAAAUUAAAGCCAUUGCUAUUUAGAAGAGCUGAGUUUUUUUCUUUUGUAAUCUGUCAUUUGUGUCCAUUACAUUCAGAAAUGUUUAGUCUUGAUGAGAAAUGUUAAUAUAAAAAUGUAAUAAUUCUGAUUCUCAUUAAUAAAUAAGAACGCAUCUUGA